UCAGAGAGCUGCCCCAAGAUGGCGGCUGACAGCACCGACGAGGAGGGUGAAGACCUGGUGAGCGUCGGGACCCCGUUGGAGCUGCUGGAGGAAGGUGAACGCAUUAAGAAGCCAGUUCCUCUCCAAGACCAGACGGUCAAAGAUGAGAAAGGACGGUAUAAACGAUUCCAUGGCGCGUUCAGUGGUGGUUUUUCAGCUGGCUACUUUAACACUGUCGGAUCCAAAGAAGGAUGGGCACCUUCGGCGUUUGUGUCAUCUCGCCAAAACAGAGCAGAAAAGAAAGUUCUCGGGCCAGAAGAUUUUAUGGAUGAAGAAGAUCUUGGUGAACAUGGCAUUGCACCAAAGGAAAUUACAAUUACGGAUACAUUUACGUCCCAAAAUAAAGACAAAAUCCAGGAGAAGGCCAGACAGCUAGCUGGAAUAGUUGCACCCAUCUCUGGAGCUACAGUAUUGGAUGAGUUCAUCACACCUGCAAAAAUAACAAUUGGGAUUGACUUGUUGCGAAAAAUGGGCUGGAAAGAAGGACAAGGCAUUGGGCCGCGAGUAAAGAGGAAGCCACGCACGCAAAAACCUGAGCCCGGAGUAAAAAUAUAUGGCUGCGCUUUGCCUCCAGGAUCUGAAGAUUCAGAG